UAAAAUAGCGAAGGCAAUGAAACCUUCUGAAUAUUCGCUAGAUCGGUAACCAAGCGGCGUUACUAAAACCCAAACUAGCCUUCUUAUGCUCAUUCUUUUGUUGUAAGCCCAUCUUCCGAUUCGGCCCACUUUUACUAGCAUUCAAAUUAAAAAAAAUAAAAAAAAUUGCCAACAAGUUUAAACACUGUAUAGAUCCGGCGAGAGAGAGAGGAUAGAUAGAUCCGGCGAGGCGAUGGUGUUAAGCGCUUCAGGGAGUCCUCUCCGAUUUGGUGGGCAUGUUCCCGAGAAACCCUGUCGUAUGCGCAUGAAACAAGCAAUUCGAUCAUCAUCGUCCAAUAACUUCGAUCUGAGGACGUAUUGGACAACCCUAAUAACGGAGAUCAACCAGAAGCUGGACGAAGCGAUACCAGUCAAGUACCCUGCAGGGAUCUAUGAGGCGAUGAGAUACUCAGUCCUCGCUAAAGGCGCCAAGCGUGCCCCUCCUGUAAUGUGCGUGGCCGCCUGCGAGCUCUUCGGUGGCGAUCGACUCGCCGCUUUCCCCACCGCAUGUGCCCUUGAAAUGGUCCACGCGGCUUCGCUGAUUCACGAUGACCUCCCCUGUAUGGACGAUGAUCCUGUCCGCAGAGGAAAGCCAUCUAACCACACUGUCUUCGGCGCUGACAUGGCCAUUCUGGCUGGUGAUGCCCUCUUCCCGCUCGGCUUCCAGCACAUUGUCUCUCUCACCCCUCCCCACCUUGUUCCCCGAUCCACCAUCCUCCGUCUCAUCUCCGAGAUUGCCCGCACCGUCGGCUCCACCGGCAUGGCUGCAGGGCAGUACGUUGACCUCGAAGGAGGCCCCUUUCCUAUUUCCUUUGCUCAGGAGAAGAAAUUCGGAGCCAUGGGGGAGUGCUCUGCCGUCUGUGGAGGUCUCUUGGGUGGUGCCACUGACGAUGAGCUUCAGAGUCUCAGAUUGUACGGCAGAGCUGUUGGGAUGCUGUAUCAGGUGGUGGAUGACAUCAGAGACGACGACAAGAAGAAGAAGAAGAAGAAGAGCUAUGCGGGAGUCUUUGGUUCCGAGAGGGCAAUGGAAAUGGCAGAUGAGCUUAGUGUAAAGGCCAAGAAGGAGCUGCAAGUGUUUGACAAGUAUGGAGACGCAUCCGUUGCUCCUCUCUACAGUUUCGUUGACUACGCUGCUCACCGAGACUUCCUCCUUCAUGUCUGAAUAUUGAUGGGCCUGUUUUCUUUGCGUUUUGGGCUUUAUCUGUUAUCUACGUGUAUCAUAUUAUUUGUUAGCCACGUCAAAAUUGUGCGUGUUUAAGUAUGAAUUAACUGGUAGAUUAUAUUUUGUUUGAACAAGUGUACCUAUGUUCAAAGUGUUUUCCAAAAUGGAUCUUGUCCAUCUUGGUUGGAUGAUCUAUUUGUUAAUGAAAGAAUUAGCAUAUGGUGUGUUUUGGA